UACCAGAUGGCCGAACCUGGGUUGGUAUAUUAGCAUUCUUCAGAAUCAGAGUUUUUGAAGAAAGCCUUACGAUUGCGAUGAGCUCGUACAACAUCUUUGCAAGGCUCUACAUUCAAUUUCUCGACGUUCUCUACGAUUUCUCGAUGGCGGAAUUAAGGUUGUCGGGACGGACCAAUGGAUAAUCCGCUCCGUUGGACCCACAUUUUGCGAUUGUGCGAUAAGAAAAUUAUCUUUUUGAACCCCGCAACGCGACUCCCGAACACCACCAUCUUUUGCGCCAAACUCGAUACCUACUCAUACCCACACAGGAACGAUGUCAAAACGCGCGGCUGAAGAUUUUGAAAAUGGAGGGGUUCCUUUGAAAGGAGGUGAGAGACCUUUCAAGGAGGAAUUGGAUGAUGAACCUUCGGAUUUCGAGGGCGAGUUCGAGGACGAUUAUGAGAGCGAGGAUGAGAUUUUGGAGGCGGGUGUUGAUGGCAGACCAGAUGCGGAAAGAGAGGCUGAGGAGAAGGCCGGUAUGUUGCGAAAUUUAGGAAAUUUGAUGGGAGGGUUUUACUGAUGAGAAAUAGAGGCUAUGGAUAUAGAUCAACAGACUUUCAUCGUUGGUAGGAAUAAACUCGAACCUGGCCAGACUCUAUCCCCCGAUUUGUCGACUUACGAAAUGCUUCAUGCGCUCAGCACACCCUGGCCCUGUCUCUCUUUCGAUAUUGUGAAGGACGGAUUGGGAGAUGAUAGGAAGACGUACCCCGCUACGAUGUAUGCGGUUGCGGGAACCCAGGCGGACUAUAAGCGGGAAAAGGAGAAUCAAUUGAUGAUCAUGAAGUUUUCCGGAUUGAGUAGGAUGGAAAGAGAUGUUGAGGAGGAUUCGGAUGAUGAUGAAGACGACGAAGACGCUGAUCCAAUUUUGGAGUCGACUGUUAUUCCUUUGACUAGUACGACGAACAGAAUUCGGGUACACCAGACGCCAGCGAGCGAUUCGAGUAGACCGCCCACGACUUUAACGGCCAGUAUGAUGGAGUCAGGUGUGGUUUUGAUUCAUGAUGUCACACCUCAUCUAGCUUCAUUCGAUACUCCAGGCACAGUCAUUACCCCACAACAAAAUAAACCAAUCUCCACGCUGAGAAUGCACAAGGCGGAGGGCUAUGCGGUAGAUUGGUCACCACUGGUCUCAACGGGGAAACUCAUUACAGGAGAUAACAACGGAAGCAUCUUCGUCACCACGCGAACAGGCGGCGAUGGAUGGGCCACCGACUCAAGACCUUUGCUAGGACACACAGGAAGCGUCGAAGAACUGCAAUGGAGUCCCCAAGAAAAGAACGUCUUCGCAUCCGCCUCAAGUGAUGGAACCAUCAAAGUCUGGGACGUACGAAGCAAAUCCCGUACCGCAGCAAUCAGCGUUCAAGUCAGCAACACCGACGUAAAUGUCAUGUCAUGGUCCCGUCAAACCACCCAUCUCCUCGCCUCCGGUGCCGACGACGGCGAAUGGGCAGUCUGGGACCUCCGACAAUGGAAGCCCUCUUCUCCGUCGACCGUCUCUCCAAAACCUACCCCCGUCGCCUCCUUCAACUUCCACAAGGAACAAAUCACUAGCAUCGAGUGGCAUCCUACCGAUGACAGUAUUGUCGCUGUCGCAGCCGGAGACGACACCCUCACGCUAUGGGAUCUAGCGGUCGAGUUGGAUGAUGAGGAGAGCAAGGAUACGGGUGGUGUUUCGGAAGUCCCGCCUCAGUUGUUGUUUGUGCAUUACAUACAGAAGGGAAAAGAAGUACAUUGGCAUCCGCAGAUUCCCGGGGUUUUGGUGGGAACUGGGGAGAACUUCAAUGUCUUCAAGACUAUUAGUGUCUAGAGGAUGUUGAACGUAUCAUAAGUAAGAGCAAGAAGUAAAAAAUAAAUGAAGGAUUUUUUCACCGAAAUUUUUUCGUAUCAUAUUGUUUUUACAAAUAUUCUUUUUUAGAUGUGCU